GCCAGUGGAUAUGCACAAAUAGUCAAAUACAUAUUCCUUCCUUGUUGUUUUACUAAACAACUUCGUAGUUAGGAUUUAUUCAAACAAUGCUAUUUGUUGAAGGUAUAGCAAGUGCCCAUGACUGAAAGAUUGGAUAAGUCUUACCUUGUUCGAGAAUACUUAAAGGCGAAAGGACUGGUAAAGAACCAGUUAGAGUCUUUCAAUCUCUUUGUCAGGGGAAUAAAGGACAUUGUUCUAGGAAUAAGUGAAUUUCUUAGGUACAAGGAUGUUUAUGUUGGUAAUCCAUCUCUUAAUCCUGUAGACCGUGAAGCUUCAGAUGCCUGAAAUCCGAAGACAUGCCGGAUGUCUGACCUUACGUGAGUGUCUUUCGCUUAAAGUCCUUUUAUAAUAAAAUCAUGAAGCUAUGUGUCUUAACUUCUAACUUAUCAAUAAGAUAUCAUCCUUGUUUCAUAAAACUGAGGAUUAGUG